AUGGGCGCAGAGGGUGAAAAGCAGAAAGGCUUAGAGCCGUUCUACUACUCUCACGUUUGGAAGAAUGUGUCGCUUGUCGCGCUGAGCGUACUCUGCCUGCCCGUCUCGGCGGUUCUCGUACUGUUCAGUAUCAUCGUGCAGCGGAUUAAUGGUCGCGACAAAGUACUGCAAGCAGAAGAAAGAAGCACGGCUGUAACACAGCGCAAGACCAUCCUCGUGACGGGGAUCUCAAUGACCAAGGGCCUCUCAAUUGCGCGAGUUCUAUCACAGAACACGCAACACGGUGUCAUUGGCGCAGACAUUUCUCCCCUCUCUCCAGGCCGUUUCUCCAGCGCAAUAGCAAAGUAUUACCGAUUGGACACACCCAACGGCGACAAUGCGGAGCCGUACAUCGAUUCCAUCCUGUCGGUUAUCCGUAACGAGAAGGUCGACCUCUGGAUUAGCUGCUCAUCGGUAAUUGCGGCAGUCGAAGACGGCCAGGUGGUUCGACUUGCGCAGAAGCAGGCAAAGGACGCGGGAAGGCGAUUCGAGGCGAUUCAAUUUUACGAAGAUGUUGUCGAAAAAUUCCACGAGAAAGACAAGUUCAUCGACUACAUUCAAUCUCUCGAUUUGUCGAUUCCCGAAUCGCACCGGAUCAUAUCUCCUGGGGAGGCGCUGAGCAUGCUUCUUCGCAAUGUCGGCAACAGCGAAGAUGGCAACAAGAAGUUCAUCAUGAAACCCAUCGGCGUAGAUGACCACGCUCGCAACGCAAUGAUGACUCUCCUGCCCUUCGACUCGCCUUCGCAGACCAAGAAGUAUAUUCACAGCCUCAACAUUUCAGCCUCCAACCCCUUCCAGCUCCAGCAGUUCAUCAAGGGCAACGAAUACUGCACGCACGCUCUCGUAAUUCGUGGAAAAGUCAAGGCCUUUUGCAGCUGUCCAUCUCUGGAGCUACUCAUGCAUUAUGAGCCCCUGCCAGCAUACUCGAAACUCAACCAGGAGAUGCUCGCAUUCACCGAGCGUGUAGUAGCUGACGGCGGCAAAACUUUCAGCGGACACCUCAGUUUUGACUUCCUAGUCGAAGACGAGGAUAACGUGAAACUGUAUCCCAUUGAAUGCAACCCACGCGCCCACACGGCCGUUGUGCUCUUCGAGAAGACCCCCGAAAUGGCCGACGCAUACCUCUCCGCGCUGGACUACCGCAAAGACUCUGGCGAGCAGGAGAAACCCGUCUUCCCACGGACCCCGACGAGCAGCUACUACUGGUUCGGACAUGAUCUGGUCAGCUUCCUGAUCCUGCCGUUCCUGGACGCCAUGUUCGGUGCAGGCUCGUGGAGCCAGUUCCUCGACGGCCUUUCGACGUUUUGGUACCACUUCUCGAACUGGAAAGACGGUACGCUGACCGUUGCGGACCCGUGGCCGUUCUUCGUGCUGUACCAUGUGUAUUGGCCUGCUAGGUUCUUGGAGUGCCUGUUCAAAGGCAAGGCGUGGAGCAGAAUCAAUGUCAGCACCACCAAGAUGUUUGAGAUCUGA